CGGUCCAGUCCAACAGCACAAUGUCUCUCUUAACGGGCCAAGUUCUUCACGAGCAGCUGAGCGUCAUCAUGGCGGCGCUGAGCCAGGCGGCCGUGGUAGAGAUCUGCGAGCUGGUGGAGGGAGCCUUUGCCGGCCUGCGCACAGAGAACCAGCAGCUCAAGAGCAGGCUGGACCUCAUCGAGGCUGUCGUGGUUCGGGGCAGUUUUGGCAGUAAGGAGGCCGAGCAGCCGGAGGACGGAGAAGGUAAAACCGGCGAGGGCGCUCAAGUGUCAGGCGAGGAGCUUCCUGAUGUGGUGUUGAUCAAAGAUGAAGACUCUGACAUUGAGAAAGUAGAGGACGUCAUGCCAUCGUCCACCACUCGGCAAAAGAAAAGGCAUCGAACAAGAGACAAGGAGUUGGACAGGACUGUGUCGGUGAAAGCACCAGUGGGGGGGCAGGACGAGGUAACCAUGUACUCGGACGCUCUUGGCUGCUCAUCCCAGCUGGCUGAUGAGGACACGACGACGGGUGAGUCGUGUCAGUCAUUUGCUCCUCUGGAAGAACCUGAGGUUCAUAUCGUGGGCCAGGACAGUCAUCUGUCGUAUAUGUCCACGAGUGCCGUGAUGGAUGGGCCAGCUUCCACUAACAUCAGCGCAGCAUGGAGCGAGCCAUUGCAGAGUCAGGUGACCUUGGCCCACUUCGACCACAAUGCACCCGGCGACGCCUUCGGCCUCAAGAUGAUCAGUGUUUCAGGCUCGGCGCCGGUCGACCACAGCGACCCAACGUUUGAGUACCAGGUGGGUGACCUAGCUGACGCCUAUGGGGGGUGCAAAGGGCGCCGCUUCAUUUGCUCCGUCUGCAACAAGACCUUUGCCACAUCUCAGAACCUGGAUGUGCACAUGCGCAUCCACACAGGCGAGAAGCCCUUCACUUGUCAGCAGUGCGGCAAAAGGUUCACGCAGUCCGCGCACCUCAAGUCUCACCUGAACAUCCACACAGGAUUGCGACCCUUUGCCUGCACCACAUGCUCACGAAGCUUCGUCGCCAAGUACGCCCUCAAAAUGCACGUCAAGAAGUGUCACGCCAACGGCUGACAUGCCAUCUUUGACUUACAGCUGGCCGUUUGCAUCACUGAGGCUGGUCACGUACCUCUUUCCAUCGCUGACAAGAUUCAUUUUACCACACCAGCGUUUCCCACAGGACUGCAAUCUGUGUGGUGGGGUGGUCGAUGUCAUUGUCUAAUUUGCAUAAUUGGCAUGUGCAUGUCAUUUUUAGACACUGGGGGGAGACAAAAAGUGAAGGGAAAAAACAUGUUUAUAAAUACAUAUAAACUUUCUUCUGUUUUUUAUUUUUGUUUUUUUUAAUACCCUUUUUCCACCAAACCAAAGUUCAGGAAAGUUCCUGGAAGUAAAAGGUUCCUGUGGCCCUGUGUGGUUUGGGUUUCCACCUCAAAGUUCAGGGUAGUUUAUUCAAAUCAGGCAUAGGGGGAGUGGUAUUUGUACACUGAUGAAAUGUAAAUAAACAGUCAAUAUUUGGUCAGAUUUUUAAUGAAAGUGUCAGUAAAUAAAAUGUAAAGCAAAAACAUACAAAACAAGAAAGAACAAAACUUUUGGGCCGUGUUCUGGGUUUUACAAAAAGUCUGAAUGGUGAGGACUGUCUUAAGUUUCUCUGUCCACAGUGUCCAGCAAAGUCCGAAAGACUUCCUCUCAGCAAGUGAUUAUCUCAUGAGGGUCAGUCCUUAUGGUCCAUUUCAUCUGUAAAUAUCAAUACACAAAGUAUCAAUAGCUGUGUUGAGCUCCCGUCGACAACACCAUCACAUCCAAUUGUAGCUUUAGAGGUAGGCUCUUAGCAUUAGCAUUUGGGUUCGCUCAGCUUUUGUAGUCCAACAGAUGCUGUGCUGCUGACUACUGUUACAGUGCUGAGUUAAGUUGGCCACCCACUCCACUCAAAACUCUAGUCAAAUAGUCUCAUUUUUUAGUGCUACGUUUGUGCUGUUUUGUUCAAUUAAAAUGAAUGUUUGUGC